UAAACAUGUUAUAAAUUUCAAUUUUGAUAGAUUAAUCAACACUAUAUAUUUAUACACUUUAAUUUUUGCUACAUUUAUUCAAAAUGUCUCAUCUAACGAAGAAAAAAUUAAUGGCUGAAAUGGAAAAAUACGUUUUUCCUAAUAUACCACCGGAGAAAGCUGUUGGCGAUAUUCUUACUAUAAAACGUCAACAAAAAGAUAUAAAGAAGUUCACUGAUUGGGAUAUUCCUCGUCCAGAUCCAGCAUGUGAAUUGGUGGCUGCAAAAAGGGAAUUAUAUCAUGCAGAAAAAGAAUUAGAAGAAAAACGAAGUCAAGUAAAAAAGUUGAGAGAAACAAUGGACUCAAAGUGGAAAGAUUUAACAGAACAAGAACAAAGUCUUAGGGAAAAUUUCAUUAAAUUCAAUAAGUUCAUCAAAGAAAAUUAUGAAAAAAAAAUUAGAGCCGAACGUAAAAUGACCGAGGAGCAGGCACUUCAAAGACUUCGAUCAGAAAAUAUUGUUUCAUUGCAAAAACAGAUUGAUGAAUUGAAGGAAGUCAAAAAUAAUAUGGAAGAAGAAAUUAAAAAGCACGCGAUUUAUGAACAAUUCUUGCGAAAAGUCGUUUUAGAAUCAGCCGUUUUCAAAACUGACAACGACAUCAUAAUCAGAUAUGAAUCGCUCCUUGAAGCCAAGGAAGAACUAGCCCUUAAGCAAGAACAAGAGCUGGAUAUCCUGGAGAAUGCCAGAAACGAAAUGAUGAAAAUAGUUGACGAUAAAAAGCAACAAAUUUUGGGCAUGACCAAUCAACUUACCCAUUUGCAAUCGCGAUAUGAAAUUGCGAGACUGAAAACAGUCGAAUGGGAAGUUGUGAUUGCUCGAAUCAAAAAUAGGUGCCUUGAUAAAAACAAAAAAAUACACCAAAUCCGGGAAGCUUGCUGGAACAUUUAUCUUAACAUGUGUUCCCGAAAAGAAAUCGAACCGGAAUUUAAGAAAGACGAUAUUGAAAAUCAGUUAAUGUUUAUCAAAAGAACGCUAUCAGAAUUGAAAAAGAUAGUUAACAUAGCAAAGAAAAGGGCAACUAAAGAGAUGAAUACUGGCAAACCUGAUACGUCGGAUGCAAAAAAUAAAUAAAAAUAAAAACGAUAGAUAAUAUAUUGUAUUAAGCGAAAUGUUAU